ACACAUAGGUACAUGAACUCACGCCUAUUUCCCACCGGGGUAAGCAGAGACUAUAGAAUUCAAUUUGCUUCGAUCCCGACAUACUUCUCUUGCUUCUUCCACAUUCAUUCAAUUAGUUAUUUUAAUGUCGAUAUUAUCAAAUUUUUAAAUUUUCUAGCUUACAAUAUCAGUAAGUUUAACAACGGCAAACAAUGGCGAUGUGUCUUCAUUUCAACUGCUUGCUCGCCUCUCCUUCCCUACGGUGGAAACAAAACCUUACAACAUGCCCGGUAUUAAAGACAUAGAUCCCAAACAUAGUUACGCGGACGACAAGUUUGAGAAACUUCAAGAAUACUACUCCUACAUGAAUGGACGGAUGAAGGAGCCCCAUAAUCCAACAGAACGCAAGGAAAUCCUAGAAAGCGCUGAGAAGAAGCUAUUCCUCUUCGUAGAAGACCACGUGAAAGACCUGAAGCGGCUCCUGUUCGCCACCGACAUGGCCCUCAUGUCCAUGGUGCUGCUGAAGUUGAAUAAGAAGAUGGACACCUCGGAAGCCAAGAUCAAGAGCACCCAAGCCAAGAUCCCCUUUGGACUGUAUACUAGCCCAGAAUUCAAAUGUCUGGGCACGUCGUAUUACAUUGCGUCUGCGCACAACCAGGAAGACGCUCAGAUGAUACUCUCCAGCGAGAGAAAGCCACACUGUUACACAUUCAGAGGUGCGUUCGCGUUCAUCGGGUUCUACCACCGCCAUUCGGAGACCACGUACGUGGGGCCCCACGCCGAGCAAUUCCAGGCCAAGGACCCCAGCCAGGGCCUCUACUGUCACUCGGACGAUAACUGGAGCGACGCUCAAUGCAUAUACAAGAUCAACCCCCGCGAGGAGUUCCCUGAGUCGGUGGAGUACGAGCCCAAGGUGUCGUACUGGUGCGGCCCAUAUCGCUACUUCAUCCCGGCCACCACGGACAUCCGCUGCAUAUUCUCCAUAUUCUCCAUGAACUUCAUGCUGCGGUUUGGAUACGAUGGUGUCACCUACAAGAGCUCCGACCUGUCUUUCAUGUACCAAAAUGGCCAAGUGUUCUACACUGACGAACCGUGGGCUGGCAUGUCCUGUUGGAACUGGGCGUGCAAGUGGCGCCACAACCAAAACCAACGCUCCAACGAAUUCUUCGUCAGCUAACUGCAAUCCGAGCAACGCUCCGUCAGCUAACUUCUGCAACAUACCGUCAGCUAACUUUAGCAUCAUACCGUCAGCUAACUUUUGCAACUUACCGUCAGGUAAAUUCAGCAACAUUCCAUCAGCUAACUUUAGCAACAUACCGUCAGCUCACUACUGCAACAAGCUUCUGUUAAUUAGCUAACUUCUGUAAAGCUUCUAACCAGCAAACACCAGCAAACUGUAUCGUAAGCUAAAUUUAUGAUAAAGAAAAUUGUUGAUUUUGAAUUGUUUUAUAAAUAUUUUAUUAUAUAAGCCGAAACAUAUUAUCAUAUUUUAUUUAUAUA